AUGGCUUCAGAAUCGCCAUUAUCACCAAAGCCGAAGUCUGCAGUCCCUUCGUACCUUGUUAACGGUACAUCACAAUCAGGCCGACCUUCUCGAAAGCGGGAGAGAGAAAACCUGACUUCUUCCAUCAAAUCGACCUAUGGCAGGCGUCUUGCGGCCAGUCCAGAUUCAACCAAAGAGGGCCUUUCGGUCAAACGUAGGAAAGAGACACUGGGAGUGGAGAAUGGAAACGAACAGCUGCUGAGUCUGCCUGCCCGAGAUCCUCGUGACGAGGCACCUAUUACACCACCAGCGACAUCAAGUCGACCUGCAAGUCCCUACACUCUUCAACCUCCUAUUGAUUAUGAUGGCUUGAGCUGGCCAAGUGUUGGUACGCGCGAACGACUUGAGGCAACUCCGGAGCAGGCGCAGGAGACGUUGCAAAAACUAGCAGGAGCGGUAAAGACAAUACUAAAAUGUGUGGGUGAGGAUGCGGACCGGGACGGGCUUGAGGAGACGCCUAUGAGAUACGCGAAAGCCUUGAUGUAUUUCACAAAGGGGUAUGAGGAGAAUGUUCGAGAUUUAGUUAAUGGUGCUGUCUUCCAUGAAGAUCACGACGAGCUCGUAAUUGUCCGAGACAUUGAGGUGUUCUCCUUGUGCGAGCACCACAUGGUUCCAUUCAAUGGCAAGAUGCAUAUUGGAUAUAUUCCGAAUCGCCAAGUCCUCGGCUUGUCCAAGUUUGCACGCCUGGCGGAGAUGUUCUCACGACGACUGCAGGUUCAAGAACGUCUGACGAAGCAAGUAGCGCUUGCGAUCGACGAGGUCUUGAAACCACGAGGUGUUGCAGUGGUCAUGGAGUCAAGUCAUCUCUGCAUGCUGCAUGCUCGGUGCCAUGCGAUCCAGUGCCAAAACUCGAGAGGAGUUUUUGAGCCUACUGAAUCGUCGUUGAACAAGGGAGAUCUCACCGAGUGCUCAUACCUUCUAGAUGUCGCAAUCAUGCACGAGAGCAAUAGCAGUGGACUUGGCCUUUUGAAAGCAAUAAAGGCCGCCUUGGAGAGCCUGCAACACACCAACAAAAGAUCGCAACGAAACUACCAUUCAUUCCCGAAUCGAAGUAAGCGGAACCUGAUGGAUCUUGAUCAGCAUCGCCAGAAGAGAUCGCGCCUGCGCUCAGCAGAUGGGAACAAUGACCUCAGUCAAAGAGACGCUGCUACGGAAGACGACGCCAUGCAAGCGGGUCCCAGUUCUCCAGCGCAGGUCCUUGCUGCGACAAAUGCCUUGCGAAACUUUUCUCUCCAAGAUAGCCAGCCGCCUGUGGUACAAACCCAAAAUCCGACUCCGCCUGCAAGCUUCAUAACACAGCCGUCUUUACAUCAGAACGGAGUCCCAAGCUCAAAAUUCAGCUUCAACAAUAAUAACAACAUAACUUUCAAUCCUACUCCACCUCCGAGCUUUCCUGUCACAACCAAUGCAGCCCAUAACGCUCGCCCUCAUCCAAGAACUCCGAGUAAUCUUCACGCACCAUCCACACGGCCGGGACCUGGAUUGGGAGCUUUUGACCUACCCCUUCAUGGCUCUCGAAAUCUACAAGCGUCUGGACGCGAAGCACAUAAUCCUCCACCUCAAGCUGAUUCGCCACGUAAUCAGUUGGCUACCCGCCCUGGCACUCAGCAGAUGCUCUCUCUCCCUCAGGGAGCGCCCAGACCACAACCUCUCUACACGCCUUCGCCGCAGAAAGAAGAUGUUAAGAGCUUUCAGGACAUUUCUGCUCUUUCUUCGAAGGAGACGGGCCGCUCACUUCUUCGAACAUCCAAUCUGCCCGAAGGUACUUCUAAAUCUAGCAUUUCUUCAGAGGCAGCUCGUCACGAACCCCCUGAAUACGAAAGAUCGAGUCACUGGGUUACUACGAUCCAACGCCGCGGCAACACUCCUGUCUAUAAGAUUACAGCUGAUGAUAAGUGGCCUGAAGACCGGCUCUUCCCAAGAUCACCACCUGCUCAUCCUCUCAAUCAUUACACUUCGCCACUUCGUGUUGAGAAUGCUGCCACAAUUGCUAGUCGAAAGCGUAAACGGGGCUGGCCUGCUUUACCUCCGCCAGCCUACAUCUACAAGCGCACGAACAGUCCAGGCUUUAACGUCUUUGGUGGCAUAUUAUUGUACCCAGAACUUUGCUUUGCAUUAGCAGCAAAUUUGCCUGUCAAUGACUUAGUAAGUCUGUACGCCAUUAGCAAAGACUUCCACACUAUCAUUGAUACCCGCUUUGCCACUGUCAUUCGUAGUCAAGCAAUACGAAAGUGUCCUGAAAGCUUACGAAUCUUCCCUGCCCGAUGUUACAAGUAUCUCUGUCGCCUGGAUCCCUCACCACGCAUACCACAUCCUCAUCCCGCCAAGCAAGCCGCUGGCGAAAUUCGGAAGGUUCCUAGCUUUAGGUGGUUGAAGAUGAUACUAUUUCGUGAGAAAGUAUGUCAUGAAAUCAUGGCCUUAAUGGCUGAGGAUGGCGUUCCUUUACCUAGUCGAUGUGAGCUGGCCCUUAAGAAGAUGUGGUUUUUGAUGGAUAUCCCUGAUAAUGCACGAAGGAUUGGAUAUUUGCACACAACCAAGCUGAUGACUGAUCUUGAUCUUUAUUUCAUUAUGUGCUUUGUGGUCAAGCUUGAUAUGCGCUUCCAUGAUCCUAUGGCAACCAAUCGAUAUCAUGGUUUAAGAAGGAUGCUUUUAACACAACGAGGUCUUUUACCACUUUGGCGUGCCUUAAAGCGAACAGAUUUGUUGACAAAAUCCGAACUACUGAUGAUGUACGUUACAACAAAGUCAGCAUCGGUUCCAGAUGAGGAAGGCCUGCCAAUGUUUGGUAUAUCUGAGGAGAAAAUAGGCAAGCUGAGAAUGGAGUAUUGGGGAGAGAGGUCAACGCAUGAUACUGGGAAGCCUUGUACGUUCUUGUUGAGGCCAGACCAAUUAUUCAUGCGGGAAAUUGUUCGAAGGAAGAUGGUCUUCUCAAAGCAUUUCAUUCGAUGCCUCCUCUGGGGCUAUGUGAAUAUCUUGACGAUGAAAGACUACCCAUCACGAGUCUGGGAUAGGAAGAUCCUGAAUUUGGAUGAUGAGUAUCAAGAUGACGAUGAAUGCGGUGGCUAUUGCGACCUACGCAGUAGUGUCACCGACGAACUGCUAGACCUUGCAGCCAAAAAACCAGUCAGCAUGCUGGUCACACAAAGAGAACAAAGUGGCCAAAGUGGAGCCCAGAAGGAAGCGUUUUUGGAAGAGUGCAUGAAAUGGUACUUGGAAGAACGUCAACGGACCUAG